CCCGCCCCGAGCGCGCCGCGGCAGCCGGAGCCCGGACCGGCCCCGAGCGCCCCGCAGACGGGCGGGCGGCUGUGACCGUCCGGCCAGCAGCCCGCAGCAUGGAUUCGGAUUCCGGCGAGCAGAGCGAGGGCGAGCCCGUGACCGCCGCAGGUCCUGAUGUUUUUAGUUCCAAGAACCUUGCUCUUCAAGCCCAGAAGAAGAUCUUGAGCAAAAUAGCCAGCAAAACCAUGGCAAACAUGUUGAUUGAUGACACCAGCAGCGAGAUCUUUGAUGAGCUCUACAAAGUCACCAAAGAGCACACCCACAACAAGAAGGAAGCCCACAAGAUCAUGAAAGACUUGAUCAAGGUGGCAGUCAAAAUUGGAAUCCUCUACCGGCACAACCAGUUCAGCCAGGAGGAGGUUGUUAUCGUGGAGAAGCUCAGGAAGAAGCUAAACCAGACCGCCAUGACCAUCGUCAGCUUCUAUGAGGUGGAAUACACCUUUGAUAGGAACGUGCUGUCCAAGCUCCUGCAUGAGUGCAAGGACCUGGUGCAUGAACUGGUGCAGCGACACCUGACGCCUAGAACCCACGGGCGCAUCAACCACGUCUUCAACCACUUUGCCGAUGUGGAGUUCCUCUCCACCCUUUAUAGUCUGGAUGGAGACUGUAGGCCCAACCUCAAGAGGAUUUGUGAAGGAAUCAACAAAUUGCUAGAUGAGAAAGUCCUCUGAAUGCCUUCUCUCCUCCUGGACUUUGCUGAGUUCCGGUUCUAGCAGCCAGUGUGGUCCAGGUUAGAAUCAAGACAACAGGACACCUUGUCGAAGAUGCCCAUGUUCUGCCCUAUUUACCUGUCUGAUACUGAUGCCAGAUUUCACUCAGGUGUGCUUAUCCCCUGAGCUCACUGACCAGGUCUGUACUUUGAAUCUCCUUGGUUUGCCAGCCCAAAGGACAUUUCAUCUAUUCUAAGUGGAAGGCUGUUGUGCUCAUCAACGUGAGCUCAGUUCAUCUAGUGGAGCAGAAGGAGCCCUGGACCAGAAGUUGAAGGGCAUGGAUUUGGUUCCCAGCCUCACCAGUAGAGCCAUCCUCGGGAUCCCAGAACCACGAUGCCCGCCUGCCCACCUCCCAGGGCUGCUGUGAGGUUCAAUGCUUUUGAAAACUCUAACAUAAGGUCUUGUUAUUUUCUCUCUGGAGUGUGAGAGGGAUCAACCUGGAUCUAGACUACUAAGCAGCAGAGAAGAAAAGAAUAAUAGCAUCUAGUGGGCUGGGUUUACAGUCUGUCUCUAGACGUGCUGUUUCAAAUACAAAUGAAUACAAAAGUGUGAAAAAGCAUAGCUGCAAAUUGGAAAGAUGUUUUCCAAGAGCUGUAUUUUUUAGGCCCUAGAUGCGGGUUUAUGAUCCUGCAGAGGGAGGCUUUCCAGUGGGUUGGGGGUGCGGAGAGAGUUGCCCCCUCCUGACACAGGGGCAGAAAACUAUGCUCCCUUUAGACCUGGCCUCCCCCUCUGAGGGGCGCCAUCCUCGAGGUGCAGGAGGGCACACAGAAUGGACCCCUAUCCAUCUCACCUAGCCGUUCACAGUCACUUUGCGCUAAUUUCUUUGGUUCAUUAAUAAAUUGAAAACUACCCUUCAAACAA